AUGCCUGAGGCCCGUGGCGCGCCAGCUGUGAGUACGGCACACGCUGGACAGCGUUGCAUCAGCCCAGCAGCGGCAGCGGCAGCAGCAGCCGCGGCAGCCAGCCUCGGGCGCGCCGCUGGUCGGGUCGCCCCGGCUGAUGAAACGGACGCCCAGGGAGUCCCUGCCAGUUGCGUCAGCCCGGCCCUGCACACCGCACCGACCUCGGAGGUCGGCGCGCGCAGGAAUGCGGGCCGCGACGUCGGCGGCCGCGGCUCGCCUCCUCAGCCGCGCUGCGCUGCGCUGCGCUGGCAUGAUGCAAUGCCGGGGCCCGCCACGCCAGGGGCCCAGAGCUGGCUGAGCGGGCCCGCCGCGAGGCCGGCCCCCGCUGCCACGCCGCUGGCCGGGCAGACACAGCCGCCAGCUGGCUCGUGCCCAUUCUCCGUGGCGGGACCGACGUGUCGGCCGUGUCGAGUGGUAACUGAAGAUGGUUUUGACCAAGGACGAUAG